AUGACCUUUGCUCAAAUCUCAUAUAGUAUCACACCCGGAUCUAAGUCCAAAGUCAAGUCGUCAGUUCAACGCUCGCUCCGUACACAGCUCAUACAGACUUAUCCACUGCUUUCACCAUACAUUGAUGAGAUAGUUCCAAAAAAGGAGCAAUUAGAAGCUAUGAAGAUUCCUGAUAGAGUCGUCCUCUAUCUACUAUCCUCAUCAUCCUCACUGAUUGGAAUCCCUCUGUUUUUCCAGCACAUGAAUGAUACAUUAUUACCACACCUUAAACUAGUCCACCGCUUCCCUACCUGCUUUCCCAGUAUACGUAUAGACCGUGGCGCUAUUCGUUUUGUGCUCUCUGGUGCUACGCUUAUGGCACCAGGUCUUACAUCGAAAGGCGGACGACUGCCGCCGGGGAAUGAUGAGGAAGGAGCAUAUGGAGAAGUGGGUGCUGGAGAAAACGGUGAAGGAUGGUAUGGUGGACGUGAGCUUCAAAAAGGCGAGCCGGUUGUAAUUUGUGCCGAGGGCAAGAAAGAGGCUUGUGCCGUCGGGCUUCUCAUCAUUGGCACGCAAGAAGUUAGGGCAAAGGGUAAAGGGCCAGUAGUUGAAGACGGACACUACCUAGGCGACGGUCUUUGGCAGCUGGGUAUCGAGAGUUGA